UUCUGUCAACAAAAAUCGCUUUUAUGGCCGCGUCCCCAAACAGCGUAUAAAUGCAGGGCGUCAACCAUUCAUAAAUAAAUAAUCAAAGUUUAUGAAAUGACAAUGUACGGCCGUAAAACUCCUUCUACAUACCGUUCAACGCCUUCUGUGUAUUCUCAUUACACUGGCAAGUCAUCAACAAACUUAAGGUCAUCAAAAUCAGUACGCUCACUCAGAGUGCCAUGGUACCAGAAACCAAUAUUACAUGAUGCCUGGGUAUUAGAUCUGCAGAGAGGGUCGCUGCUCACUGGUUUUAUUUCAGUGUUCAUAGCCCUGUUCAGCUUCGCACAGAGCAUCUUUGACCUGUACUGUCUGGGCAUGGCGGCACCAGGAUCCGUGCAUUAUGGAUAUUAUGUUAUAAGCUUCCAGUUUGUUUACGUUGGCAGUCCUGCAGUUCGGAAUGUACUGAUAGUAUUUGCGCUGUUCUCCUGGAUUGGUUCUGUUGUUGUGCUGGUAACAAGUAUAAUAUUGAUCAUCGCAUUGAGAAAGGAAUACGAGAAACGCAUGGUCGCAUGGCUCUACGCAUUCGGUGUGUUCAUAUCGUUCCGUCUCAUCGCGUUCUUAUUCGCGUCGAUAGUGAAUGAUAUGAUAUUCGCGUACAACAUCUUCAUGUGCCUGUGUUGGAUAGUGUUCAUCGUGUGCGGCGCGUACGGCUGGCUGCUGGUGUACAGCCUCUACUUGGAGCUGUCUGAUUUGACCAAGCUGGAGGAUUUGGCUCAUUUGAGGAUGGGUACGAUGGCAUCUCUCAACGCAUCGCUGGCCGGUUCGCGGCCCACCACGCCACACUCGACCGUCUCUACGAUGCCCGCUUCGCAAAUAUGAUGCGACACCAAGACCACCCCGACCGAAGAGACUCGGCCCCUAACCGAGGGGGUUGUGCCCCUGACGAUAGGGGAGCCCGUGCCCCUCGACGAGGAAG